GGAUAGAAGCGAGCAGAGCCCGUUUGGUUUAUUCCGUGGAUGUAUUAUGAUUUAUUCGGUUUAUUCCCGACAGAAAAAGUUUGAGGACCACUGCGUUAAACGGACUCGGAGGAUUUUGCCCAAGUUUCUGAUUUGGAAUCCCGACUUGAAUGGCCGUCCCGUUGUAUUUUUAUGUCGGAGGUCGUUUUAUUCCUGAGUUUUGAGUACAAUGGAGCGCAGCAUUACUGUCUGAAGACUGAUUUUAAAAAAUGAGCGUUUUCUGUCUGGUGGUCCUGUGAAUUUACAGUCAGGCACUGCACGCAGCUACUACGAAGGGUCCUGAGCGCCGCACACACACACACACACACACACACACACACACGUGUGCUGUUACCAUGGCGGACCUUCAGAUGAAGCUCCUUCGGAAGAAAAUUCAGAAAAGAAGCGAAAAGAACAAAGAGCGCAAGCUACUCAAAAGCGAGACAGAAGAAGAGGGGACCGUGAACUCAAACGGACAGGAAACAGAAUGCUGUGAGGAGCCAGCAGAUGCUUGUCAGACUGACAGCAGGCCCACAAAGAAACAGAAAAAGCAGAUAAGGGCACCACCUGAUGGGACUACAUCAGAGGAAACUCCAGUGAAGAAGAAAACAAAGAAGAGGAGAAAGCUUGCCGACGCUGCAGAAUCACCAGAUGAGAAGAAGACCAAAACAGUGACAGAAGCAGAGGAGAAGGAGGAGGAGGAGGAGGAGGAAUCAGGACUAGCAGAUGGAGAGCAGGCCAAUGAAAAACCAGAGGAAGCUGCAGGUGAAGAAGAGGAGGACGAGGAUGAUGGAGAGGGAGAUGAUGAAGAUGAGGAUCAACCAGAAUUACCAUCCGGACUGACAGGAGCAUUUGAGGACACAUCCUUUGCCUCUCUUGCUGGGCUGGUGAGCGAGAGCACGCUGAAAGGAGUGAAGGAGAUGGGCUUUGAACACAUGACUGAGAUCCAGCACAAAAGUAUUCGUCCCCUGCUGGAGGGAAGGGACGUUCUAGCUGCUGCCAAGACGGGAAGUGGUAAAACCUUGGCCUUCCUCAUUCCAUCUAUAGAGCUCAUCUACAAACUCAAGUUCAUGCCCAGAAACGGCACUGGCGUAGUGAUCCUUUCACCCACGCGCGAGUUGGCGAUGCAGACUUACGGUGUGCUGAAGGAGCUGAUGACGCACCACGUGCACACCUUCGGUCUCAUCAUGGGGGGCAGCAACCGCUCAGCUGAGGCCCAGAGACUGGCCAACGGAGUCAACAUCUUGGUGGCCACGCCGGGCCGUCUGCUGGACCACCUGCAGAACACUCCCAGUUUCAUGUACAAGAACCUGCAGUGUCUGAUCAUUGAUGAGGCCGAUCGUAUCUUAGAGGUCGGCUUCGAGGAGGAGCUGAAGCAGAUCAUCAAACUGCUGCCGAAGAAGAGACAGACGAUGCUGUUUUCAGCCACUCAGACCCGUAAGGUGGAGGACUUGGCUCGCAUCUCCCUGAAGAAAGAACCCCUCUAUGUCGGCGUGGAUGACAACAAAGACAAUGCCACUGUGGACGGCCUGGAGCAGGGUUACGUGGUGUGCCCGUCAGAGAAGCGCUUCCUGCUGCUCUUCACCUUCCUGAAGAAGAACCGCAAGAAGAAGCUCAUGGUGUUUUUCUCAUCCUGCAUGUCUGUGAAGUUCCACUAUGAGCUGCUCAACUACAUCGACCUGCCCGUCAUGGCCAUUCAUGGCAAACAGAAGCAGACCAAACGCACCACCACCUUCUUCCAGUUCUGCAACGCUGACUCGGGCAUCCUGCUGUGUACGGAUGUGGCAGCUCGAGGUCUGGACAUCCCCGAGGUGGACUGGAUCGUCCAGUACGACCCUCCAGAUGACCCCAAGGAGUACAUCCACAGGGUGGGCAGAACAGCCAGAGGCAUCAACGGCAGAGGCCACGCCCUCCUGAUCCUUCGACCAGAGGAGCUCGGCUUCCUGCGCUUCCUCAAACAGGCCAAGGUCCCGCUGAGCGAGUUUGACUUUUCUUGGAGUAAAAUCUCUGAUAUCCAGUCCCAGCUGGAGAAGCUGAUUGAGAAGAACUACUAUCUCCACAAGUCCGCGCAAGAGGCCUACAAGUCCUACGUGAGGGCUUACGACUCCCAUUCGCUCAAACAGAUCUACAGCGUCAACACCCUCAACCUCCCCAUGGUGGCGCUGUCUUUCGGCUUCAAAGUUCCUCCAUAUGUCGAUCUGAACGUCAACAGCAGUAAAGGUGUCAAGUUACAAAAGCGUGGCGGCGGAGGAGGUUUUGGAUACCAGAAGUCUAAGAAUGCACAAAAAUCCAGAAUCUUUAAACAUGUCAAUAAAGGAAAGGGAGACAGGAGGCAGUUCUCCCGCUGACUUUCAGAUGAACUCCUCCUGCUUUGAUCCCUCUUCUGUGUAAUUGAUGAACUGCCUCCUUUAUUACAUGAACCUCCUGCUUUGGAGAGGGUGCUAUGUAGUGUGUUGGGCACAUUAAUUAGGUCCAGCUGUCCUCUCGGGAGUUGUGUAUACAUGUUUUGUAAAUGUAAUGUUAUGUUGAAGAGGCCGUUGCAUUCCCUGUGUGUGCCACUGUGGACUUCUGAUCAACAAUAAUACACACUUUUCUAAUGUUUUUUCAUUCCACCUGACUGGAAUAUUAAAUCUCUAUUGGCUUUAAAUAUAUACACUUUGCCUCAUGUUCUGUAAAGUUUACUGAUACUCACUACAAUGAAGUUACUUGAUUGAAACCAAAACAGGUCCUUAUGUACAUUUUUUUUAAUCAUACAUCACAUUACAGUAUCUUUACACUCCUGCAGAGGUGAAGGACUCUUCCUAUGCAUGCGAUCCAAAAAAGCAACAGGCAGGCACACAAUAGGUUGUGGGAUCAUAAGGUACACAUUAAAAAGUUUAAUACACCUUUUAAAGUAAAUCACAAAUUGGUUAUCAGUCUCCAGAAAUAAAUACAGAAACCAAAUACUCUAUUUCAGGGUUCUGUAUGCAACAUUCACAUGUAAAUAUAGCAGGAAACCACGAUCUGCCUAUGGAAAGAUGAAGUGAUUUAAUGGUAUCCUGAGUAGAAUCAAGCUCCCUCUGUGCACUGGAAUCUGAGCUUCUCUGUGGUUUGUUGUGAGCUAGGCUGACCAUGCAUGCACAAGAGUGCAUGGCACGGACUAGCUCAUCGCUGCUGCUCUGUACUGCACUCAUACACUCCUAACAU